AUUAGUACUUCCUGAUAUGGACAUCACUAAAAGGGAGAGGCUAGCUAGCUCACAAAAUUUUGAGCAGCUACAAAGCAGUGUGAUUCCUAGCUAGUAAAAGGUUUCUGUAGUAUUAUAGCUAGCAAACUAAAUCAAUAGAUACACAGGAUUUUGGUCAAUUUUUAGUGGCAGUUUUGAGAGACAGAGUGACCUGUGUACCUUGAGAUGACAGCAGUUUUGCUACCCCAAAUAACCAAAGAAAUGGUUGACGUAUCUCAACACCUGUUGGCCAGAGCACGAUACAACAAUGUUGCAGAGAAUGAGGAUGAGCUCACCUUUAGACAAGGGGACGUUGUGACUGUUGUCAAGAAAGAUUUCAAACAACAGAGAGACUGGUGGCUGUGUGAACUAAGAGGCAAAGUGGGUAUGGUUCCUGCAAACUAUCUGGAGAUUUUUCACGAACAAUCCAGCUACGAUAUCCCCAAACCUUCAAAGAAGGCAACACUGUCAUCCCGUACAACCCUCCCACAAAAAACAAUCAAAGAUGAAAUUGAUAACCCAAUUUACGACUUGCCUCCUACAGACGUUGAGAUCACAGACGGAGAUUAUGACCUCCCACCGCCAGAGGCACCACAAGAUGAGGGAGUGGACUACGACCGCCCACCUAGCUCUUCUCGACUCAGCCCAAUGGAAAGCAAUCGUUCUUCUAAUUAUCGCAAUUCGAUGGGUGCUAGUUCUGUUGGUAGCUCAAGGAACUCCAGUUGUAUAUACGAUGUUCCUCCAGAAAUGAUGGAUACUUACGACUUGCCUAAGCCGCACAAAGGUGCAGUGAAUACAGAAGAGAGAGAUCUGCCUAUGCUUGCAGUGGAUAUCAGUACGAUGUAUGAUGACGAGGCCGAAGAAUUGCUCACUUCUUACCGACAACUCAUGCAAGCAACGUACGAUGUCCUUUUUCAAACAGUGUACGGGCCCGAUGCUUAUUGGGGCAACGAAAAUAAAGCAAAGCGAAUCGCUACUUUGAAACACACUCGGCAAGCUGUGAAACACUUCGACAGGGCUCUGGUGGCUCUGCUAGAAUUUGGAAAAGGGGUUGUGAAUGCUCUUGGGAGUACCUCAGAUGCAAACUUCAAGAAAAAAUACACCAGUGCUUUCAGAGGUCUUUUGGAAAAUCGUAAUGAUAUCCUUUCCAAAGUAGAGCAACUGAGCUCUGAAAUUGACAGCAUCACGGCCACUGUGAAAUCACUCCUGGAAGUUGCUCGAGCUAUCCCUAAAGCUGUCACAGAAUUCACUGUACUAGUUGGUGCCAAUAAAGCUCUCCUGUUUAAGGUACGAAACGUCUCCACGAGCAGUCUACCUGUUAUCACCAAGAGAGAUCUCGAAGCCCGACCACUUCCUGAACGUCCACCCCAAGUUGCUGUCCGAACAUCUGGUGAUUACGCAAUUCCAGUUGAGUCUCCAUACGUCAGUGGACGCAAAACACCUGAGAAAACACUCAGUGAAAGUAACAUUAUCGAUAUGAACGCUUUCCGUAAACGCAAACCAAACGAUCAUCUACCCCCUCUACCCUACGCUCCAAAUUACGGUACAACGCAAAAACUUGUACGAACCCCAAAGAGAGUGAUUCACGAACAGACGUCACAAUCCAACAGUCCUUAUGGAAGCGAGGUUAAUCUAAACCCAAAUGGUUCACCCAUGUUCAUCAGACAAUCGGAAGAUUAUGACGAGAUUAACGACAAGAUCCGAGACCGUUCCAUAGUCCUCAACAAAAGGCCAAGCCUUGCAAGCCUGAACUCUGGGUCCAGUCGAGAUGCCAGUCCUACUCACAUUCGCUCAAGACGAAGAGAGCAGAGUUUAAGCAGCUGCUCUGGGUCCUCCGAAGAAUUGACUGGAAUUGCCCUGAGGCGUGUUAACUCUGCUGAUAUAUUGGACGGUCCUUACGGUCGACCGAAUGGACGUCUUAUUCCCCAUCACGUACGACAGACCAGUAGUCCGCAACCUCUUCGAGAAGAGGAUCGUGAGCUCUUGGAUAGAUUCAGCAAGCAACUCGAUCUGAUUAUCCCAAGCUUGAGAGAAACUAUUGACGUAUUCAUUGAUUGCCUCAAGGAUAAUGAGCCGCCGAGAGACUUUGUGACCAAAAGCAAACUGACUGUGGUGGCCGCAUACAAGCUGGUGUACAUUGCCGAUGCCCUCACGCAAAAGAUUUUGCACACGGACACAAAAGCAACCAUUCUAACGAACAGUAAUGAACUCACUGACUCCAUCAAGAAUCUUGUAUCUUCGACAAAAACAGCUGCACUGCAAUUCCCGAGUGUUAUCGCUAAGAAUAAAAUGACUGAGAGUUUGAAAGUGCUUUUACCAGCAGCUCUAGACCUGAUUAAUUCUGUCAAAAGCCGUGCCUCAUUUGUUUAAUCUCUCAGUGCCCAAUCUUAAUGUAAUAUGUUUCUGUGUCUUGUCUAGUUUAUUAAUUCUCUAUAUGUGUGUGUGUUUACUUAAAUUGUACAUGUACGACUUCUGUUAUGAUCGAUCUAAUGCUUUUGUUCUUUUGUGCUUGGCUAUUAAUUUUUAUAGUAAACAUUUCUCAGAUAUACAUUUUUUUAUUUUUGUCAGUUCACUUUCUUAGCUGCUAAGAUCUAUAUUAUCAUUUCAUCUCAGAAUUAUAAAAUCUUGCACACAAUUUUAUUAUAUGAAACCAUUUUUUACUUGA